CCUCUCUGCUCCUCUCUCCAGCUCGUCCUGCUCUUGCUGCGAUAAGGAUGCUUGUGGCUUUUCAUGGUCAAACUCCUCUGGAUUAAGAUUGGGAUGAAUAAAUGGACCAUGUAAGAAGCUCAGAGAUGUUCAUGCAGUGUGGCUACCCAGCAGUGUGAUCUCUGAUUGGACUUGUCAUCAAUUUUACAACCCUUAAACACUCUUCUGAUGUGUUAAGCAUCUUUGCUGAAAGUUUGAUGGAGAGCUGGUCGGAUGACAGCUGGAACUGUUGUCAUAACCGGAGGAAUACUGGCCACAGUGAUACUGCUGUGUAUCAUCGCUGUGCUCUGCUACUGUAGACUCCAGUACUACUGCUGCAAGAAGAAUGGGUCUGACAGCGCCUCCAUCUCUCAGCAACACUUUGCCUGCAACGCCUGCAGUGUCUCCGGCCUUGAUGGUCCGAUGGCCACCCCGCUGUCCAUGUCCCCACCAGAGCUUCCCCUGUCCUCCUCCGACCUCACCAAACCCACCCAAGGGGGGCGGCGACGUUACUGCCCCACCUGCUCCCCCUAUGACUCACCUUUCUACAUCCGCACCACCGAUGAGAUACGUAACGGAGGCGAACGUAUCACCUACAUGCCCACGCACUACGACAACCAGGCGCUGUCGAUGCCACUGCCCGCAGUCAGAGGCACCCUGUUGAGGGACGCUCACAGAGGAAGACCUCCUGAUUUCUACACCAACACCCGAGCCAUCAGCACUGAGGUGUAAACUCCCAACACCGCCCUAACACGGAGACACUCAUCUUUUCACUUACACUAUAAUAAUUUGACACAUACUGCAGCAGCAAGUGAGGAUGAGCUGGAUGAAGGCGGUAACAUGAUCAUUUAUUGAAGGUUUACGUGGAUUAGAGUGUAACAGGUAGGAAUGACUUAUAAAACUUCACUUUGUAGCGUUAGAACUUUAAGUUUUGUUCACUAAGAUAGUAACUACUUAAUAGAGGGUAGAUAAAAUGUAGAAAUUGUCUUUCAAGGUCCCAUUACGACAGAUGGGGUUGUGAAAUUGUAAACAUCUGUUGACUGCUACUGUGUCUUUACUUACCGAGGGCUAUCUUAGAUCAUUUUUGAUUCUCAUCUGCUACAGGAGUCCUGAAAGACUGCUAGAAAGACAAAAAAGGGAGUGUGAAUAAGUAUGUAGUAAAUAUGACAUAAUUCUUUCAUGCCAGGGCAAAUAGAAACUGAUUUGAAAAUUAAAAUUGCAAGAGUGAAAAGUCAACAUCCCCUUUGCAGAUUCUUGGACUUUUGGGAGCAGGAUGUAGGAUGGUGGAGGAGGAUGGACCAGUGGAGCUUUGUCUAUGCAACAAAAACUACAAACUUCUAGCUGUUUUGUCCCACUGUGUAUCUUUUAUACACUUUGAGAUAUUAUGACAGACAUAAUUAAAGCAGUUCAGAGCCUCUUGGGUUGCCAGAUCCACACUGAACCUCCACCAUACCCAUCAAAGUGUAUAACAGAGUUAAUGUUGGAGUCCUGGAACGCAAAACUGGUCCUUCUCUAAUGACACUGAUGCAAAAAGUUUCAUAUGUAUAUAAUAACUACACAGAGAUGAUCCCACUGUGUCCGUGAUGAGGAGUGAUGCACCCUGGGAUGUGAACCUCAUGAAUGCAGGAGUGUGAUUUACGAGUUUGUGCUAUUUUGUCGUCACACUUCUCCUAUACUCCUUUGCUACUCACAUGUUGAAUCCUUAAAAUGCAAAUAAUCAUACUGUUAAAUUUGUUUUUUAUAUGUUAUGAGGAACAAAGAACACAUUAAUGUUACUGAGUGGUGUGACUGAAAAUGUCUCACAAAGCCCCCUUUUUUAUGCUUCCCACACACCAUAAUAUUCUGUGAUAUUUGUCUUUAUAUUUCUGUGUACAGGCUGAUUCAGUGAGGCUGAACAAGAAACCUUAAAGUGCAAAAUGUUCUUGCUGACAGGUCUACUGUUAUCACUCAAGAAUUCAACAAAUGCACUUCAGUCUCUUACAAAGCAUAUGAUAUUAUUACCUUCAUUGAUCAGCAGCUACUCCUUCAUUCUUCUCAGUUACUUUUCCAUCCAUGUUGAAUAAAAGCCAGCAUGCAGAACCACAACACUGUAAGUCCCAAUUCUUCAAACCAUGUAACCCCAUAGAAACAGUUUUUAAACAUUGUUUUAUAAGUGCAAAAAGUAUAGAGGACUGGUUAGGAAAUAAAUCAUUAAGAAUGACAUUUUUGGUGAAAUCUGGGCAGAAAAGUCAGGAUCUAGUGGAAUAACACCAGUCCUUUUUUUCAUGUCAUUGUGCACAACCACAGAUGAAGAUUUGUUGUCAUGAAUUAUUUCUUUAGGUAUGUAUUAACUCUAUAUUUUACUACUUACUUAACUAGCAAUCUUUGGAAACAUAAAAUAAGCUUUUUAGACAUGUGGUUCAAAACAAAUAUUGUACCUGAUAAAUACAGAAACCGUAAAUAUUUGACAGUGUUAUCUUUUGACA